AUGUCCAUAGAAGGGCAUAGGAGGCUAGCUCAAAUCAUCCCAGAUCAUGUGCAAGAAUGGUGGGACAAAUGGGAGAUACGAGGACUUAUUUUGAUUAGCCUUCUCACACAGAUCAUUUUAACAGCACUAGGUAAUCGUACAAUAUAUAAACCCAACAUGUGGACAAAAGCAAUUCUGUGGUCUGCAUACUUGCUAGCAGAUUGGAUAGCAGCAGUGGCAAUGGGUGUCAUCUCCAGCAAUCUUGGAAACAUUUACAAUAAAAGGGAACAACCAAAGAGUGUUGAUCCUCAGCUUCUGGCAUUUUGGGCUCCUUUUUUUCUAAUGCACCUUGGGGGUCCUGAUACCAUCACCGCUUAUGCAUUAGAAGACAAUGAGUUAUGGCGGAGGAACUUUGUUGGUUUGGUUUCUCAAACCAUCCUCACUGUCUACGUACUUAUUUUGUCUUGGAAAGGAAUCUGGCUUUCAUAUCUUACCAUUCCUGUGCUCAUUAUUGGGUUUAUCAAGUACGGGGAAAGGACUUGGUCUCUUUAUCGUGGAAGUGUCAAACACCUUAGGGAUUCUUUCCAUAAUUCAUUAUUGGAUUCUUCUAGGAGGAGUGAACAAUGGGAACAAUCAAGCAUAGGCCAAGAGGAAUUGAGAGUAUCUCUUCGAACCAUCUAUAUCUUUAUAAGCCUUUUUGUCGAUUUGGUGUUGACCCCGUUGGACAUUACUCAAGAUAGACGACAACUACAAAGUGUGAAAGAUUCCAAUUGUUCCAUUCUUUUUACAUGGGUGAAAUUUGAACUUAAAACAUUGUACGAUGUAUUCUACACCAAGGCAUUUGCAAAUUAUGGCAUCUGGGGUUUCAUUUCUCGCUUAAUCACUCUAAGUACCACCAUUGUUGUGCUCGUGUUAUAUGCUAAUUUAAGUGAAGAGAAGGAGUACCAAGUCGUGGAUCACAUCAUUACAUACUUGUUGUUGGUUGGAGCAAUAAUCGGGGAAAUACAUGCCUUUAUAUUGGUUACCAUUUCCAGAUGGACAGUGCUGUACUUUUCAAUCAAGGGUUUGAGCGACUUUUGUUUACUUCAAAAUUGUCUUCACUUGUUUCUGUUUUUAAAAAGUGGACCAAUUUCUUUGGGACAGUUGACCUUCUCCCAUUUGGUUUCCAGCAAAAGUUUGAAGAUGGAGGGAGAUUUCCUCCCAAUGAACAAGUUAGAAAGCACAUCCAAGUGUGUUAGUUGCUCAACCUCUAAUAAUUUACUUGAAACCAUUUUUGAAAGCUUGAAGGGUAAAUCACAGUCAAAUCCUUCAGGUACCCCUGGAUAUAGGAAUCUUUUAUCGGAAAACAAUGAUCAAAUCUUUUCAAGUGAACUUGAAUUUCACAGAACCAUUAUCAUAUGGCACAUUGCUACGGAACUGUUUUAUUACUCCAGCCACGAGCCAAGAUCUGAAGUCACAAGGAGGAAUAGCAAAGAGAUGUCUGAUUACAUGUUUUACCUCCUGGUCAAGCAACGUCACAUGUUGCCCGUAGGAGCAGGGUCGAUAACUCUUCAUGACACAGUAAUAGACGCCAAGAAAUACUUUAGACAUGUCAAUUUUUCUCCACAACAACAAAACUCACCUGAAACUUGUCGGAAAUUGCUUGAAGAUGACAAAAGCAUACCAAGUUAUGAAGCCACAGAAAAACCAGUUUUAUCUGUUCUUUUUCACGCUCGUGAAGUCGCAAAACGGCUCCUUGCUCCAGAAGACAAACAUGACAAUUGGGUAUUCAUUGAAAAGUUGUGGAUUGAAAUUCUGUGUUAUGCUGGUACUCAAUGUAGGGUAGAUAUGCAUGCUCAUCAACUUACAAAUGGCCCUGAAUUUCUCACUCAUAUUUGGCUCCUUCAAGCUCACUUGGGUUUGUUGGAUCAGUUUCAAAUAAAGGAUAUGUCUUUAAAUCCUGUCACCACCCCUUAA